UAGUAUGCAAGCUGAGGUGGCUGAUUUGUCUUACUCCCUUGCUUUUGCUCCUCAUGUUUUUACCCCACCCCACUCCAGCCCCUACCCCUAUUCAUAUUCCUGAUUAUCUGCUUCAAAAAAAGCAAAAUCUACUUCGUACCUAGGUAUUUUCAAUAAUUCUCUCCUCACACAAGCUAAUGCAGUCAUCACGGUAACCUCGUUGGCGUAUUAGGUAUAUCAACGCAUAAUGACGCCGAGAUUUUUCAGUUGCUCAAUACCGGAAUGUGAACGGCCAAGUGUCAGGGCAGUUGGUGGAUGUGACAAUUGUAACACUCACCUGUGCCUCACUCACCUAUCCCCUUCCCUGCACAAAUGCGGUGAGGUCGUAGAUGAUGCAACCUACGUAUCGCAGAUUGUCACCGAGAUCAAUCGUCUCCGCUCUCAGAUCAACGACGCUGCAGUAUGCGAACUUGCGUCCAGGCUGAAUGGUGGCAGAAGUUGCAGCAUCGAGCACUCUUCCAAAGUUGGGUCGGGCGCUCUCAUGGGAAGCGCCAAUUACCACGCCCGCAUUCUCUUCCAUGACGGCUCUCCCUCCUGGCUCCUAAGGGUUCCGCGAGUUGCAAGUUGCACUGUCGGCCUCCCAGACUCAUUAGCGGGGUACCUGAUACUCAGCGAGUACGCCACACUGAAGUUUCUUGAACACACUGCCGUGCCCGCACCUCGGGCUUUCGGGUAUGGCGUACGUGGUCUCGGAACUGAUCAUGGGAUCGGCGUCAGCUUCCUUCUCAUGGAAGAACUACCAGGAAAGCCAUGGACGGGCAAUGGAGUAUGUGGCGACGAAGCCACCAAUGAUGAGAAGGCCAAGCUCUGGAGUGCCCUCGCGGACAUCCUAGCCGAAUUGUCUAAGCACCCGUUCUUCAAGGCUGGAUCUCUAUGCUUUCAGUCAUCCAACAUCGAAGUGUCGGCAGUGGCGAGCGACAGAUUUGUCGUCCUCACUCCGGAGGGUCCGUUUGAUAGUUCGAUUGCCUAUUAUACUGCCUUUGCUGAGCAGUACCUGGCACUCAUUGCUGACGGUCAACUCUAUACCGAGUAUCCAGUCGAUGCGUAUUUAACGUACCGCUUUCUAAAGGAUAACGCAGCGCAAUUAGUCCCACCCAGCGCAGAAACACAAACCCCGGAGAAAUUCUUCUUGAAGCAUGUCGACGACAAAGGCGACCACUUACUCGUCGACGAGAACCUCAACGUCACCGGCAUCAUUGACUGGCAGAUGGCACGUGUCGUACCUCCGCGUGAGGCCUUCGGGCCAUCACUUGUUACUGCCGACAUGGGUUCGUUGUGCGAUGGUAAAGUGUCACUGAGUGUGGACGAUAUUGCAUUGGCGGAUGCCUUGGAGGGAAAGGGUUAUCCCGAACUAGCUAGUUGCAUGACCGAUGAAAAGGCGAGAAGAUUCUUUUGGGGAUUGGCCUUGGAGACUGAAUGGUCGUACGCCUUACCGUUGGCAGAAGCAAUACUCAAAGCUUUCGGAGUCGACCAGUGUUGGACGGAAUGGAAGGAGACGGCACUGAGAGAAUACGAGGCUGACGAGCGCCUGAAAUCUCUUGUUGAUUCUACUAAUUCAGUGUCAUAUCUCAGGACCUCGCUGCCUAUACCAAAGCUUCAGGACCUUACGCUGUUAUAGGCUUUUAUUGAUAUAUAUUUAGGGAUAGCUAGUCGGAAGAGGUAGGUAGGAAGCACUCAG